ACAGGAGGCGGGGCCAGCGCCUUUGCCGGUGCUGGAGCCGCCAUUGGAGCCGGCUUGGCUUGCGGGCUCCGCUGCGGAGCGGGAGGUUGGGCCGCAGUUAAAGUCGCGUCGGCUCCUGGUCCCUGGCCCUUCAGCGGCAUGGCGUGCGGGGCGACGUUGAAGCGGCCCAUGGAGUUCGAGGCGGCGCUGCUGAGUCCCGGCUCCCCAAAGCGGCGGCGCUGUGCCCCUCUGCCCGGCCCCACUCCGGGCCUCAGGCCCCCGGACGCCGAGCCGCCGCCGCUGCUUCAGACGCAGACCCCACCGCCGACUCUGCAGCAGCCCGCCCCGCCCGGCAGCGAGCGGCGCCUUCCAACCCCGGAGCAAAUUUUUCAGAACAUAAAACAAGAAUAUAGUCGUUACCAGAGGUGGAGACAUUUAGAAGUUGUUCUUAAUCAGAGUGAAGCUUGUACUUCGGAAAGUCAGCCUCACUCCUCAGCACUCACAGCACCUAGUUCGCCAGGUUCCUCCUGGAUGAAGAAGGACCAGCCCACCUUUACCCUCCGACAAGUUGGAAUAAUAUGUGAGCGUCUCUUAAAAGACUAUGAAGAUAAAAUUCGGGAGGAAUAUGAGCAAAUCCUCAAUACCAAACUAGCAGAACAAUAUGAAUCUUUUGUGAAAUUCACACAUGAUCAGAUUAUGCGACGAUAUGGGACAAGGCCAACAAGCUACGUGUCCUGAAGCUUUCUUGCAUAUCUGGGUACCAGGUUUGACCUCAAGAGAUGGCUGCUGUACACUUUUUGCAACUGGUUUGAUAUCACAUUUCAGCUCCAACUUUGCAUCCUGAGAACACUUAAAUGUUUCUGCAGGUCCAUUUUAUACAACUUGAAAGACCUUAAAACUUUCCGGUUGCCACAAG